CGGAGCUCUAGUGUACAGAGACUGGAGUAACCCACAGCCUGCUGCCUCUCCACACCAGCUCCUCUCUCAUGCACCACGCUGCUGGAUUUCAGCUGUGGAGAGCUGCUGAGGUGCUUUGCCAUUGUAUGUGCAAACAAUAAGAGGUCAAGAUGGUGGCCCUGUCGCUGAAGAUCUGUGUGCGGCAGUGCAACGUGGUAAAGACCAUGCAGUUCGAGCCCUCCACCCCAGUGUACGAUGCCUGUCGCAUCAUCAGAGAAAGGGUUCCUGAGGCCCAAAGUGGACAAGCUUCAGAUUAUGGCCUGUUCUUGUCAGAUGAUGAUCCUAGGAAAGGCAUCUGGCUGGAAUCUGGUCGUACGCUAGACUACUACAUGCUCAGAAAUGGGGAUGUCUUGGAGUACAAGAAGAAGCAGAGGCCGCAGAAGAUUAAAAUGCUGGAUGGAGCGAUCAAGACCAUCAUGGUGGAUGAUUCCAAAACCGUAGGCGAGCUGCUCGUCACCAUAUGCAGCAGAAUAGGAAUCACAAACUAUGAGGAGUACUCUCUAAUCCAGGAGCAAGGGGAAGACAAGAAGGAGGACGGCAUGGGUACGCUAAAGAAGGAGAGAACUCUGCUCAGAGACGAGAGAAAGAUGGAAAAACUCAAAGCCAAGCUUCACACAGAUGAUGAGUUGAAUUGGCUGGACCACAGUCGGACGUUCCGCGAGCAGGGGGUGGAGGAGAGCGAGACGCUGCUGCUUAGGAGGAAGUUUUUCUACUCUGACCAGAACGUGGACUCUCGGGAUCCUGUGCAGCUCAACCUGCUUUAUGUACAGGCCAGAGAUGACAUCUUAAAUGGCUCCCACCCAGUGUCCUUCGAUAAGGCGUGCGAGUUUGGUGGAAUCCAGGCACAGAUCCAGUUCGGUCCUCAUGUGGAGCACAAACACAAGCCCGGAUUCCUAGACCUGAAGGAGUUCCUGCCCAAAGAGUAUAUUAAACAGCGAGGAUCUGAGAAGAGGAUCUUUCAGGAACACAAAAGCUGUGGAGAGAUGACGGAAAUCGAGGCGAAGGUGAAAUACGUAAAACUCGCCAGGUCCCUGAGAACAUACGGAGUGUCCUUCUUCUUGGUGAAAGAGAAGAUGAAGAGCAAGAAUAAGCUUGUCCCACGCUUGCUGGGAAUAACCAAAGAGUCUGUAAUGCGGGUGGAUGAGAGGACUAAAGACGUCGUGCAGGAGUGGCCCUUAACCACAGUGAAAAGAUGGGCAGCAUCUCCCAAGAGUUUCACAUUGGACUUUGGUGAAUACCAAGAGAGCUACUAUUCUGUUCAGACUACAGAAGGAGAGCAAAUCUCCCAACUUAUUGCAGGAUACAUAGACAUCAUCCUUAAAAAGAAGCAGAGCAAGGACCGCUUCGGUUUGGAUGGCGAUGAGGAGUCCACCAUGCUGGAAGAAUCGGUUUCACCAAAGAAGUCAACUAUCCUGCAGCAGCAGUUUAACCGCGUGGGCAGAGUGGAGCAUGGGUCAGUGGCACUGCCCGGCAUCAUGCGCUCGGGUUCUGUCGGCGGCCCAGACGCUGUUAACAUGGGCACAAUGCCGGCUCCUCAGCAGCAGAUCACUAUGGGGCAGAUGCACAGAGGACACAUGCCCCCACUGAGCCUGGCGCAGCAAGCGCUUAUGGGCACCAUAAACAGCAGCAUGCAGGCAGUACAGCAGGCUCAGGCAGACCUCGGUGAGGUGGAUAACCUGCCACCACUGGGACAGGAUAGGGCAUCCAGGGUUUGGGUUCAGAAUAAAGUGGAUGAAUCCAAGCACGAAAUCCAUUCCCAAGUAGACGCCAUAACUGCUGGAACUGCAUCCGUUGUCAAUCUUACUGCAGGUGACCCAACAGACACUGAUUACACAGCUGUAGGCUGCGCCAUAACCACCAUCUCCUCCAACCUGACGGAGAUGUCGAAGGGUGUGAAGCUACUAGCGGCGCUCAUGGAGGAUGAAGUGGGCAGUGGGCAGAGGCUAAUGGGAGCUGCCAGGACUCUAACCGGGGCAGUAUGUGACCUGCUCAGGGCUGUGGAGCCGGCGUCUGGAGAGCCUAGACAGACGGUGCUGACAGCAGCGGGUAGCAUCGGACAGGCUAGCGGGGACCUGCUGCGCCACAUCGGAGAGGGAGAGACUGACGAGAGAUUCCAGGACAUCAUGAUGAACCUGGCCAAAGCAGUGGCCAACGCUGCUGCACUGCUGGUGCUAAAGGCAAAGAAUGUAGCACAAGUUGCUGAGGACACAGCGCUACAGAACCGUGUGAUAACUGCAGCCACACAGUGCGCCCUCUCCACCUCACAGCUAGUGGCCUGCACCAAGGUGGUGAGCCCCACCAUCAGCUCACCCGUGUGCCAGGAACAGCUGGUGGAAGCAGGCAGGCUGGUGGAGCGCUCAGUGGAGCUGUGUGUUAAAGCUUGCCAUGCUGCCUCUGAUGAGGCUGAGCUGCUUCGGCAGGUGAAUGGAGCAGCAGGCACGGUCAGCCUGGCUCUUAGUGAUUUGCUUCAGCAUGUGCGCCACUACGCCAGUUGUGGUGAACCCAUCGGCCGCUACGACCAGGCCACCGACACCAUCAUGACAGUCACUGAGAGUAUCUUCACCUCUAUGGGAGAUGCAGGAGAGAUGGUGAGACAGGCUCGUGUGUUGGCCCAGGCAACGUCAGACCUGGUGAAUGCCAUGCGUUCGGACGCUGAAGCCGAGGUGGAUGUGGAUAACUCCAAGAAGCUGCUGGCGGCAGCCAAACUGUUGGCCGACGCUACGGCUAGAAUGGUGGAAGCUGCAAAGGGGGCUGCGGCUCACCCGGAGAACGAGGAGCAACAACAGAGGCUGCGAGAAGCUGCAGAAGGUCUGCGAGUGGCCACCAACGCUGCAGCUCAGAACGCCAUUAAAAAGAAGCUGCUCAACAGACUGGAGAUUGCUGCCAAGCAGGCUGCAGCAGCAGCUACCCAGACCAUUGCAGCUGCUCAGAAUGCAGCUGCCUCCAACAAGAACACAGCAUCGCAGCAGCAGCUAGUUCACAGCUGUAAGGCUGUAGCGGAUCACAUCCCUCAGCUGGUGCAGGGCAUGAGAAGUAGCCAGGCUCACCCAGAGGACCUGAGCGCCCAGCUGGCACUCAUAAUCGCCAGUCAGAACUUUCUACAGCCGGGCGGUAAAAUGGUUACUUCAGCUAAAUCAGCCGUCCCAACGGUAACAGACCAGGCAGCAGCAAUGCAGCUGGGACAAUGCGCCAAGAACCUGGCCACCUGUCUGGCAGAGCUCCGGACAGCUGCACAGAAGGCUCAUGAGGCGUGCGGUCCUCUGGAGAUAGAUUCAGCUCUCAACACUGUCCAGACCCUGAAGAACGAACUCCAGGAUGCCAAGAUGGCUGCAUUUGAUGGACAACUCAAACCUCUACCUGGAGAAUCGCUGGAGAAAUGUGCUCAGGACCUGGGGAGCACCUCCAAAGCUGUGGGCUCCUCCAUGGCCCAGCUGCUCACCUGUGCUGCCCAGGGCAAUCAACACUACACUGGUGUCGCAGCAAGGGAGACGGCGCAGGCUCUGCGGACUCUGGCUCAGGCUGCACGUGGAGUGGCUGCAUGCACGGUGGAGAGGCAGUCUGCGGCAGCCAUGUUGGAUUCAGCCACUCAUGUAAUGGAAGGCUCGACUAUGCUGAUCCAUGAGGCCCAGCAGGCCCUGGUGUGCCCUGGAGAUGCUGAGAGCCAGCAGAGACUAGCGCAGGUAGCAAAGGCUGUCUCUCACUCCCUGAAUAACUGUGUCAACUGUUUACCGGGACAGAAAGAUGUAGACAUGGCACUGAGGAGCAUCGGAGAAGCCAGCAAGAAACUUCUGGUGGAAAAUUUGCCUCCAUGCUCCAAGUCAUUCCAGGAGGCUCAAACCGACCUGAACCACACAGCUGCUGAGCUGAACCAUUCCGCCGGAGAGGUGGUGCACUCAUCACGUGGCACCAGCAGCCAGCUUGCCGUGGCCUCUGGCAAAUUCAGUCAGGAUUUUGACGAAUUCCUGGAUGCCGGGAUUGAGAUGGCUGGACACACUCAGUCCAAAGAUGACCAAAUGCAGGUGAUUGGCAAUCUGAAGAACAUCUCGAUGGCCUCUAGCAAGCUGCUGCUGGCUGCCAAGUCCCUGUCUGUGGAUCCUGGAGCUGCUAAUGCCAAGAAUCUUCUCGCAGCUGCAGCGAGAGCUGUUACCGAGAGCAUUAACCAGCUCAUCACACUGUGUACCCAGCAGGCACCUGGCCAGAAGGAGUGUGAUAAUGCGUUGCGUGAGCUAGAGGCGGUUCGAGGAAUGCUAGACAACCCCAAUGAACCAGUCAGUGAUCUCUCUUACUUUGAUUGCAUUGAGAGCGUAAUGGAAAACUCCAAGGUGCUGGGAGAGUCCAUGGCAGGUAUUUCACAGCACUGUAAGACAGGAGACGUGCCGGCAUUUGGGGAGUGUGUGGGUGUGGCAUCCAAAGCGCUGUGUGGACUGACCGAGGCAGCUGGCCAGGCAUCAUACCUGGUAGGUGUGUCGGAUCCUAACAGUCAGUCAGGUCAUCAGGGAUUGGUGGACCCCAUCCAGUUUGCCAAAGCUAACCAGGCCAUUCAGAUGGCAUGUCAGAGCUUGGUGGAUCCAGCUAGUAGUCCAUCCCAGGUGCUGUCAGCAGCCACGAUUGUGGCCAAGCACACCUCGGCUCUCUGCAACGCCUGCCGUCUAGCAUCCUCUAAAACAGCCAACCCUGUCGCCAGGAGGCAUUUUGUACAGUCAGCCAAAGAAGUGGCCAACACCACGGCUAAUCUUGUCAAAACUAUUAAGGCUCUGGAUGGAGAUUUUUCUGACGAGAACCGCGAAAAAUGUCGUGUUGCUACAACCCCUCUCAUACAGGCUGUGGAGAAUCUCGCCACAUUCGCCUCUAAUCCAGAAUUCGCCAGCAUUCCUGCUCAGAUAAGCAACGAGGGCUCGGCAGCUCAGGAGCCAAUCCUGUGCUCGGCUCGUUCUAUGCUGGACAGCUCCACCCAGCUGUUGAAAAGUGCUCGCUCUCUCAUCCUCAACCCUAAAGACCCACCUACGUGGUCCGUCCUGGCAGGCCACUCUCGCACUGUGUCCGACUCCAUAAAGAGCCUCAUCACCGCUAUCAGGGACAAGGCUCCAGGUCAGCGGGAGUGUGAUCACAGCAUCGACAGCAUCAACAAGUGCAUCCGAGACAUAGAGCAAGCCUCCUUAGCUGCCGUGGGCCAAAGUCUACCAUGCAGAGACGACAUUUCUUUGGAGGCUGUGCAGGAGCAGGUGACCUCGGCCGUGCAGGAAAUCGGCCAUCUGAUCGAACCCAUCUCUACUGCAGCCCGCGGAGAGGCCGCACAGCUUGGGCACAAGGUGAGUCAGGUGGCUAGCUACUUUGAGCCACUCAUUGUAGCAUCAGUAGGACUGGCCUCUAAGCAUAUGGACCACCAGCAGCAGAUGAACAUCCUGGACCAGACAAAAACGCUUGCUGAGUCUGCACUGCAGAUGCUCUAUGCAGCCAAAGAGGGUGGAGGAAACCCUAAGGCAGCGCAUACCCACGAUGCUAUAGCUGAGGCAGCACAGCUGAUGAAGGAAGCAGUAGAUGACAUCAUGGUGACGCUGAAUGAGGCAGCGAGUGAGGGUGGGAUGGUAGGAGGCAUGGUGGAGUCCAUCGCUGAGGCCAUGGGACGGAUGGAUGAGGGAACUCCGCCGGAAACGGACGGCACAUUUGUGGACUACCAGACCACUAUGGUAAAAUUCUCCAAGGCUAUCGCUAUCACCGCACAAGAAAUGAUGACGAAGUCUGUGACAUGCCAGGAGGAGCUGGGUGGCCUGGCGUCUCAGGUGACCGUGGACUACAUCCAGCUGGCACAGCAAGGACGCCUGGCAGCUGCCACAGCCGAGCCGGAGGAGGUUGGCGUUCAGAUAAAAAGCCGUGUGCAGGAGCUCGGUCAUGGCUGUAUCUAUUUGGUGCAGAAGGCUGGUGCACUCCAGAUGAGUCCCACAGACAGCUUCACCAAGAGAGAGCUGAUCGAAUGUGCACGAGCUGUCACAGAGAAGGUGUCCAUGGUGUUGUCCGCCCUCCAAGCAGGUAACAAAGGCACUCAGGCCUGCAUCACAGCCGCCAGCUCUGUCUCUGGCAUCAUCGCUGACCUGGACACCACCAUCAUGUUUGCCACUGCAGGCACACUGAACGCUGAAAACGAAGAGUCCUUUGCAGAUCACAGGGAGAACAUUCUGAAGACAGCAAAGGCUUUAGUGGAGGACACCAAACUGCUAGUGGCUGGCGCAGCAUCCAGCCAGGAGAGACUGGCCCAGGCCGCGCAGUCCUCCGCCAAGACCAUCACCCAUCUGACAGACGUGGUCAAACUAGGGGCUGCCAGCAUGGGCUCAGACGAUCCAGAGACACAGGUGGUUCUCAUCAACGCCGUGAGGGAUGUGGCCAAAGCUCUUGCCGAACUGAUAGGUGCGACUAAGUGCGCAGCAGGAAAGCCAGCAGAUGACCCUUCAAUGUACCAGCUAAAGAGUGCUGCCAAGGUGAUGGUGACCAAUGUGACCUCUCUGUUGAAAACGGUCAAAGCUGUGGAGGAUGAAGCCACUCGUGGCACGAGAGCGCUGGAGGCCACCAUUGAGUUCAUCAAACAGGAGCUAACGGUCUUCCAGUCCAAGGACACUCCAGAGAAGCCUGCCACACCAGAGGAGCUCAUCCGCAUGACCAAGGGCAUCACUGUAGCCACAGCCAAAUCCGUGGCAGCAGGCAACUCUGGCCAGCAGGAGGACGUCAUCGCCACUGCCAACCUGAGCCGCAAAGCUAUCUCUGACAUGCUGCUCACCUGCAAGCAAGCUGCGUAUCAUCAGGAAGUGGCUGAGGAUGCGCGGAGCAAAGCCUUGCUUUAUGGCCAAGAGUGUACCACCGGAUACAUUGACCUGCUCGAACAUGUUCUACUGGUUUUGCAGAAGCCUACAGCGGAGCACAGACAGCAGCUGGCUGUACUGUCAAAAAAAGUAGCCAGUACUGUCACCGAGCUUAUCCAGACUGCUGAAGCUAUGAAAGGCUCAGAGUGGGUGGACCCCGAGGACCCUACAGUAAUCGCUGAAACUGAGUUGCUGGGAGCCGCCGCUUCCAUUGAGGCUGCAGCUAAAAAACUGGAGCAGCUUAAGCCCAGAGCCAAGCCGAAGCAAGCAGAUGAGUCGCUGGACUUUGAGGAGCAGAUCUUGGAAGCAGCCAAGUCCAUCGCAGCAGCGACCAGCGCUCUGGUGAAGUCUGCAUCAGCUGCACAGAGAGAGCUUGUUGCCCAGGGCAAGGUGGGCUCUGUUCCAGCUAAUGCGGUGGAUGAUGGCCAGUGGUCUCAGGGUCUCAUAUCAGCAGCUCGUAUGGUAGCAGCCGCUACCAGUAGCUUGUGUGAAGCAGCCAACGCCUCAGUUCAAGGUCACGCCAGUGAGGAGAAGCUCAUCUCGUCUGCUAAACAAGUAGCAGCGUCCACCGCCCAGCUGCUGGUGGCCUGCAAAGUGAAAGCUGACCAUGACUCAGAGGCCAUGAGGAGACUACAGGCUGCUGGGAAUGCAGUGAAGAGAGCGUCAGAUAAUCUAGUGAAGGCGGCUCAGAAAGCUGCCUUUGACAAGGCCGAAGAUGACAGCGUGGUUGUCAAGACUAAAUUUGUUGGUGGAAUUGCCCAGAUCAUUGCAGCUCAGGAGGAGAUGCUGCGGAAGGAGAGAGAGCUGGAGGAGGCGCGCAAGAAGUUGGCCCACAUCCGACAACAGCAGUACAAAUUUCUGCCCACUGAGCUGCGGGAAGAUCAGAGCUGAGCUCUGUCACCCAAACACACACAAACACACACACCAAAUAAUAUAGUCUGAGAUCAAAAGUGAGCAUGUCUGCCGCUGGUGUUGGAUCAUUAGCCGUGCUAGAGGCUCCUCUCGUACACGGAGAUGCUCAUAUCAUGAUGUUUUAGGAUGGGAGUGGUCCAAUUCCACCGAUUGGCUGUUUUCUACACCUGAGGGUGGUGCUUUUGAUUGUAAUUGGUUGCUCUUAUAUAGGGCUACGUGUCUUGUUUUUCUGUCAUCUCUUGCUGCAGAUUUUUUCUUUUCACGUGAUAUGCAUUUACCUGCUGUGUGUGCGUGUGUAUAUGGGUGUGUGCAAACAAUCCAUCCAAGCAGUAUGCCAGAUCUAAGACUUUACUAUAUUAACAAUAGCAUUUAUAACACUACCGUUCAGUAGUUCAUUUACACAGCUUGAAAAUACACCGAGAGACAGUCACAUGUACACGUGAUCUCUGCAGUGAAAUGAACGCGAGUUGUAUGAACCUGUGAUGUCUUUACAGUAAGACGUUUUUGUUGGCAAGCUUUCAGAACACAUUAUUUAGGAUACAUUUGCUUUUUCACUGGUGUGAUUACUACGCAACAAUAUUCAUUUAAAGCCUUUGCUCAAGCACUACAUAACUUAAAGCAUAUCAUGAAGGCCUAAAAAAAUCAUUGUAGGAUUGUGCUGUUCACUUAGAAUUAGCUUUAUUCUAAGACUAGGGAAAAUGUACCUCUGUGCUUUGUUGUAUUAUUUAUUGAUAGUCGCAAAAGCUCCUCACCAAAAGCAUUACAGUUACAGAUCUGUUAUAUUUCAGCAAGUAGGACUGAAGCAGAUAUCGUUACGCCGUGUUUAAGCACUCGUGAAUACCUCAGACGUGUUUAACACACUUCAGACAUCUUUAUGACGGUGUUACACACCUGUCUCUUAGACACAGUGAAGAGAACUCUGCAUCUGUCAGGUUCCUCUUCAGACACCAAACACACACACACACACAAUCAGACUCUUGAGAUCUAAAACAGUAGUGGUUAACUGAUUUUGAGGGUGCAUGACUCAGAAAAUACAAAAAAAAAAAAAAAAAAGGAAAAGAAAUAAGAAAAGAUGCCCUAGCACUUCAAGAUUUCUAAGAUGCACUGAUAUUGUUUGUAUUCCGGUGUACUCUCUUCUGCAAAUAACACGUACGCUUCUCGUGGUAGACGUUAGUGAGAAAAUUAGUGGCUUCCUUUCAGAUGGAUAUCUAGUUCCUCUUGUUCGAUUGUUGUUUGCAUAUUAAGGAUUACACAACCCGGCACUUCAAAACACUACAUAUAUCAAACUGCAAUACCCCACCUCUUAAAUUUGAACUGCGGUGUAUAUUAGUGCCUUAUAUUGUCUGCUCUGAUACAAGUCGCCCCUUUUAGGCUUAUCAAAGACUCCAAUCAUAACCUCAACCACUAUAAGAGAAACAAUAAAGAUUCAUUUUUUGGUCAGUGGAAAAGGGGCGACUUGUAGCAGGAAGUAUUAAUGUGUAGUUUUGUCCGACUUCCGAGCAGUAUAAUCAGCGUACCUAUAACAGCUACUGACUGCUGUUUGUUUGAUUCUGCUCUGCCAUAUUCUACUGUUCCAGAUGUGGCCUGAUGCUCUUGCCUUGGUAGAUUGCUCAACUGCCAGCUGUAUUUCACUCUUAGGGGCCGUUGAUGUAACAGCGUCACUCACUCCUCAUGCUUUACAUUUCUAGUGAGUCAAGAAACAACACUGCAUUCCAUGCACAUGUAUCUUACACUUUUCAAUUGACCCAAUCAGGAACUGCUGAUGCCACAGUUUGCUCCGAGUUUCCAAACAGAAAGCAUAUGAGAAACAUACAUAUUGCUGUGGUUUAUUUGGUGUGGUCUUGUAAACGUUUUAUUGCUGCAAUCCUUCUCGUCUUCGUAACCCAAUAUUGCCUCCCGUUUCCUGAUCGAGGCUUAAAUGGAAGUCGUCGCAAUUAUGUCUCAAAUAAGAGUUUUCUCUCCAAUAAACCACUACGUAUGAAGGGUUUGUUUAUAUUUACUAAUAAAUGUAAUGAAGAUAUUGCAAUAUGUGGUUUAAAAUGUGAUGUCUUUUAAUGGAGCAGAAGGGAAAAAAAAAGAAAAAAAAGAAAUAGCUCCUUCAAUUAACCUAGAAUUUUAGGGCCUUCUUUAACCGACUGAAAUGGUAAGAAUAAAAAUGAAAUAAUUAUGAUGCUGUAUGUAAAAUAUUUAUCUGGUCACGAAAGUAUUUUUUGUAUUCACUGAAAAUAAAGCGUUUCAACAAACAU